AGUCCCCAUUCGCCCGCGACACUUCCUAUGGUGGGAAGGGAAGGUAUCUCUGUCGCAGCCUCUGCUCUCUAACUGAUGAAAAGCCACAGUACUGCAGUUUACAUUACGUAAUAUACGUGAUUCAACACUCAGCUAAUUACCCUCCAGGGCCGGAAUGUGGUGUGUUAGAGACGCAGACGUACACAGCACAGUUACUCAAGCUCUUGGAUCUCUCUGUUCAGGAUAAGCUUUAGGAGUCCAGAUGAAAGUAAAUAUGAUUUUUAGAGGUGUCGCACUGCUACUGUGUAUCAUGUGUCCUGCACACUGCCUGCUUGAGCAGAACACACAGACAAAGAAUGAAAUGAAAGAUGUGCUGCUGGAAUCAGGAGCUACUCACAGCACUGCCAUUGAAGAGCUGAGGAAACAGAUUGGUGAGAUUGUGAAGGAGCUGAAUGCCCUGAAGGAAGUCCAUGCUCUGCAAUUAGUUUGCCUGAAAGGCAUCAAGGUUCCAGGCAAGUGCUUCCUGGCCAGCCCAGUAAAGAAGAACUUCUAUGAUGCUACAGAUGAUUGCAUCUUACAGGGUGGCAGCCUGGGCACUCCUGUGACCGGCAAUGAGAAUUACCAACUCUAUGUCUAUGUUCAUGAAAUGAUUGGACCCAAGGAACAAAUUUGGCUGGGCAUCAAUGACAUGUUGAAAGAGGGAGAGUGGGUUGAUAAAUCAGGGUCGAGGAUACGUUUCCAAAACUGGGAGACAGAGGUCACCCGUCAGCCUGUCGGUGGUCGCAGCCAGAAUUGUGCCUUUAUGUCUGUCAUAGACAGUGGGAAGUGGUUCGAUGAGAACUGCCGUGCUGUGAAGGCCUUUGUAUGUGAGUUCAAUAUUGUCUGAGUUCCUGUUGGUCCUUAUUAUCCUAAACAAUGUCCUUUACACAUGUAAGUAAAAGCUUGUCAGAAAUGGUGCAUCAUAAAUUCAGACAACUUUGUAUACUGCAUUUGUAUUCAAAGCUCUUAAGACUAAACAUGGCUUCUAACAAGUAAGAAACAAGAAGAAGUUGAUGCCAACAGCGGUGAUGGGGAUGCUUCCACCAACAAGUCAAGUCUUUUUUGUAUGCCAGAAAUGCCUUUAAAAUAUACUUCAAACAGGAAAGAAGCUAUUGACGAGAGACAAUUUCAGACAUUUGACCUUGCUUGGAGUUCAUCAGAUGGAAUCAGUUCAUCUGCUGGUUACAAUGAUAAUGCCACAUAAAUCCUAUAAACAUUCAGCCAAUCAUUCUUGAGAUAUCACAUUAACAAGAAUCUUCAACAGAUGCACAGACAUGGGCGGACAGACAACCCAAAAAACAUAAUGCCUCCACCACUUGGUAGAGGAGGCAUAAACAAAGUGGAGAAGAACAGAGUUAUGUUUUAUCUGUUUAAAAACAAGCAAAUAAAAAGAAUUUUUAUGUGA